AAGCCCUGGCGAUCAUUGUCAGUUUUUCAAAUUCUGUAAACUUGUAGAAAAAUAAUUAAACUCUUUUCAAAAAACCUCACUAAAUUAGUUUUGAGAUUAUUUAAGAUUCUUAAUGGUAUUAAGUUAAUUGGUUUCAAAUUUAAUCAUAAGCUGGUUGAAAUCUUAAUAAAACCAUGACUGGCGACUCGUUUAUGUUUUUCUCAUAUGGACUGAUUACUUUGGCCCUGCUGCUGGCGAUCAUUUGCCUGUUUUUGCCCAGGGUGGACAGGUUCAUCAAGUUGUCAGCGGGCAGGAUAUACAAGAUCUAUGCAGAGUACACUCCUAUAGGAUACAUGAUCGAUGAUUCCUUGACUCCUGUUUCCCGACGCCGUCUGCAGCGGGUGGCUAAGAAGACACUGGUGUUGGACAUGGACGAGACCCUGAUCACGGCCUGGAUUCAGCGACAGGACAAACGUCGGCAGUCACCACCCAACGUUCCCCACGACUUUAAGUUCGUGCUUUCGGAUUCCAAAUAUAAGGGCAAGGUCUAUGUUUAUAAGCGUCCCCAUGUAGAUCACUUCUUGAACUGCGUAUCCAGAUGGUAUGACCUGGUGGUUUUCACCUGUGGAACGGAGCAUUACGCAGCACCUAUUCUCGAUUUCCUUGAUAAUGGCCGUGGGAUUUUAACCAAGAGGUUUUACCGUCACAACACCAUCGAUGUCGCUGGCCUAAAGGCCAAAUAUAUAUCGCUGUGUUCGCCUGACAUGGCAAAUGUCCUGCUGCUAGACAAUUCCAAUACAGAAUGCAGCUUCAAUGUGGGAAACUGCAUCCCAAUCCCAUCGUAUAAGAUUGGGAAAAAGGACGAAGCCCUUCUCGACCUCCUGCCAUUUCUGGACGCCCUGCGCUUUACAAGAGACGUGAGAUCGGUUCUGGGAAAAUGCACUCGCUUCGAGUGCCUUACCACGCUUCUGGAGAGUCUCGGCAAUUACGAUUAA